AUGAACAAAAUAGAAGAGAGCUUUAAGACGGCACCGCUACAACCGACAGUGCUCAUGCGGAACCUUGAUGAGUAUUUCGCGCUUUGGUCGUAUGGAAGAGAAAAACGGGAGGAGUUUCUGAAGUUUGCAAGCCGGAUUGAUGAAAAAAUCCAAUUCACGAUGGAAAUAGAGGAAGGUGAGCGAUUACCGUUCCUGGAGGUUAAAGUGAUUCGCUCUAAUGGGGCGCUCGAAACGAAAUUGUUCAGAAAGAUGUCCUAUGCUGGGAUAAUACUCAAUUUCCGGUCCCAUCACAAUUACAGGCUAAAGAUAAAAAUAAUGAGGAACAUGAUCAUCCAAAGCCGACGCUUAACGGAUGUAGAAUUCUGGGAGGAGGGGCUGGACAAAUUGAUGAGGAUAUUCCUCGGCAAUGGCUACCCAAUCGAAGCGAUGCAAAGAAAUAUAUGGGCCAGGACAAGCCGAUGGCAGAACGGGGACUAUGAAGGAUUCACAAAAGUGGAUAUGUCCACCUUCCUGCGAACUAACUCAAAAACUACGUCCAAUAUUGAGUAA